AUGACGAAAUGGAACAACACCAAGCCUGUCUACAGUACACGGUCCGAUAUGAUGGCACUAAGCCUGGCUGUGCUUUUUAAAGCCUGUCUUAAUAUUGAUGGAGAUGAUAAAGACGAUACUAGGAUAUUAGCAGGUGAUGUUGCUGCCUGUCAAUGGCAUCUGGAUGUGGUAUUAAAGGGGAUAUCGAACCCAAUGGCUCUAGGCCGAGGAUUUGAGGGAAUAAAGAAACUCAAGAGGAGCCAUAAAGCCUUGGGGGAGUUACUGACCGAGUUUGUGGAAGCCCGAACGAUACGACCAAAACUGUCGGCGCAUGCAGACCUCCUCUCUUCGAUCCUUGCUCCAACAGAUCAUCGUGGGCUAUCGAGCGAUGAAGUUACGGGAAAUCUCUUUUUAUUCAUGUUCGCCGGCCACGAGACCACUGCGAAUGCCUUGAUCUAUAUCAUUCAUCUCAUGGCGAUAUUCCCAGCCUGGCAGGACUGGGCGCUAGAAGAGAUCGACCAAUUGUCACACAAUCGAGCUGAUGGAGAAGAGGUUCCGUCCUAUAGCCAGAUUCUGCCACAAACACAGCGACUGCGAGCAAUCCUGGCUCUACGGCCCCGUGCCAACUCUAGUGCGACAGACAGAUCCCCAGGCUCAGACCCUAGUGCUACCUGA